CUACUACUUUCUGGUGUCCCUGGCUGUGGCUGACAUCCUGGUGGGCUGCCUCGCCAUCCCCUUCGCCAUCACCAUCAGCAUCGGCAUUCAGCUGGACUUCUACGGGUGCUUGUUUCUCGCCUGUUUUGUUUUGGUACUCACUCAGAGCUCUAUCUUCAGUCUUCUCGCAAUCGCGAUCGACCGAUAUUUGGCCGUGAAGAUCCCGCUGAGGAAACUCAAUCACUGCGUGUCAUUUCCACUGGAACCCAUGGAAGCAGAGGCAGCCAGCAGGGACAGCACUGUGCUGCAUGAUAUUUCCAGGAAUUGAAGAAUAUCAUCAGAUGGGAAGUGUCUGUCUGCAGGUGGUGUUGUUUGUAGACUUGCAGCAUGCUAGCGAGCUUUCCGUUAGAGUUUAUUUUUAAGAACACACCCCAGCUUUGUUGUGUGAGAAGUGGGUGCUGUUUGGCUUAGACAUGCUGUCAUUUCCAUUUCGGUCAAACAACGCGGCUAGAAUGGAUAGUUUGACAUUAGUUUGGGACAAAAGUGGCCUCGCACCUCUCAAAGGGCUUGUAAAGUUUCUAUUUUUGACCCACAGAACAAAACAAGACCUCCUUUUGAUCAAACCUGACUUUUUACACAUUCUAUAAGGUUACUGUAAACCUAGCUCCACACCCCAUCAUACGUGUGAUAACAUAAUCAGUGUGUGUGUGUGUGUCUCUAAUUAUGUGUCCACAAGCUUUUGUGUGUGAGUUGGGUCUCUGCAGGCCUGUGGAACCACAAUUCUUUCUUAGAUUAAAGUUUUCUGCAGAUGUUUUUUAAUGUGAAAAAGCCAGAUGUUUCAAUCCCAUGAGAUACAUUUCUCACACACUCUCUUCUCAAUGCUCUCCUCAAGCCCCCAGUCUCACUAUUGUGAUUCCUCGGAAAAAGACCCUCUGGCUGCUUCCUCCUCCUGUUCUGUUGAUGUUCUGGAUUCAACCGAAGCACAUCUGGACCUUUAUCAGCAGGUACAAGGAGCUGAUGACAGGAAAGACUUCCAGAGAAAUCAUAGCAAUUUUAUGGAUCCUUUCUUUUGUGAUUGGCCUCAUUCCCUUCUUUGGGUGGAACUUAAAGUACUCGAGCUGCAACAACAGCAGCUCUGAAGAGGACAACACUGUGGACUACAAACACAGGGGGGGGCUGCCGCAGAACUGCAACCUCGAGUGUUACUUUGAGAGUGUGGUGGACAUGAAGUACAUGGUCUACUUUAACUUCUUCGUGUGUGUCCUGCUGCCACUGCUGAUCAUGCUGGGCAUCUACGUGAAGAUCUUCACCGUGGCCAGGAAGCAGCUGAGGCUGAUUGAGCUCAAGUGUGUGGGCAACGGGGACAAUCAAAACCACGGUCUGCUGCAGAAGGAGAUCAGAGCAGCCAAGUCCCUCUCCAUUAUUGUGGGACUGUUCGUCGUCUGCUGGCUGCCAGUCCACAUCCUCAACUGUCUCACUCUGUUUUACAGGGAGCUCGAGAAGCCGGAGUCAGUCAUGUAUGUUGCCAUUAUUCUGUCUCACGCCAACUCAGCGGUAAACCCAAUCAUCUACGCUUACCGCAUCCAGGACUUCAGGAACACGUUCCGCAAAAUCCUGUCCCAGCACCUGCUGUGCCGCAGGGAGGACCUUUACCUCAGCUCCAAUGGCAGCAGACGCCACAAAGACCAGAUCCACAUGACCAUUGACCCUCUGCUAUAGAGACACGGCAUGGGCCACUGGGAUCAACUCUUGAUUUUGGUUUUUACUGAGGUUUCUAAUGUUUACAGAACAAGGGUGACAUGUGUCAAUCCAGCCUUGAAUGUGGAGAUUUAUUUAUAAAUUGUGACAAAUCACUAUACGGGGGUUGUCAACAAAAUACUCAACAAGUCUUACAUAACUUUUGUGCGAAGGUUUAGAUGAAACUGUUGAAGCAAACUGGAUUUGUAAGAAUGUGAAGAGAAUCCAAAUCAAACUCCUCAUUCUGAGAUGACCUUGCUGCAAAAAACAGCCCUUUUUUUCUGCCCUGCUGGUUUUAUCGUAAACAUUCAGUGCCAGUGUUAAAUAAUUUAUUACAAGACCAUGUCUUUGAGAAUGUAACGAUAAAAAAACUGUGUGAAUAGAUCUGUGCUUGUGGACUGAAAAAGGUACUGUAGUAGGUUUUCUCAUCUGUGGUUAUUUUGGCUCAUCAAGCUUUCGAAAGGAACCAAUCAUUGCCUCCGUAUUCUGAGAGGACAUAUUUUCUGUAUUUAUUUAUAAAGUUCAUUUAGAUAGAGGAUAUGGAGGCAUGAAACUUUGCAUAUCUUUACCCAAAAAUGAGGCAGAUAACAAAAAUACAUAGUACCUUUUUAGAGUAUAUUGUUCUUUUUGUUAUUGAACUAAGUGCCAGUGAUCGUAGGAAGAACAGCAAGAAGAAUGUAUGCAGAGAGCUAAAAAAAAGGCCACUUAAUUAAAUACACCAAGAAACAAAGAUUCCCCUGAGCACCAUCUCAUCUCCGUCACAAACCAUCCUGUGUCAGGAACUCACCUGCUCAUUAUGAAGAGCAUUUCUGCACAAAUGUUAUAAAUAAUUACUAGGCUGAGAUAUUUUAUGUCCUUCAGGACUGAUGAGCUACCGGUGCGUCCAACCCAGCUCGAACUAAAAUGUAUUUACUGCCAUCUUAAAACUGCUCCAACUUCCUAAAUUUCCCAAAAAAUCAUGCAGGCUUAACUUUAUAAACCUUUAUCAGUCAGUGCUUUUACAUGCACAUCAGUUAACUGAACUAAUGCCUUAAAAUUACUGGCAUUAUUUUUAAUGCAUGUAAACACAUUAGUCUGGUUCUAAUAAAGCUGAAGUAUCCAGAUAAUGCAGUUGAAGACCGACUUCCUCUGCAUGUAAACGGUUCAGUCGCGCUGUGUUCAGCUUGGAAGCGGCCUUCUGAUAAUAUUGUCUCAUCAAACCAUAACAUACGCACCAAAUAAGCUGCACUGCAGUAUUGUUGUCCAUUCAUUUGCCCAUUGUGCAUUUGUUUACUAUCUGUGUUGCUAUAGGCUAACCGGAAGAGUGCCGACCUGAAGGGGCGCAUGCUGCCACCUACUGUAGUGGAGUGGAACGCACUUCAUUCAAGAGCUUGAUUUUCUAAUGUACAUGUAAACUAAGUUUUCUACAGUUUAUUACGGUAGAUCAACAUAGAUGUACAUGUAAAUGCACCGACUGUUGUUUGAACUUAACAAGGUUAUAGAAUAGAAUAGACUUUAUUGAUCCACAGUGUGGAAAUUCACUCUUUACGACUGCACAUACACUUAGAGAAUAGAAACUAAAUAAUACAGGUAAAAACACAAAGGCAGUAGGCAAAUAUUGUAACCUUCAGCAAUUAAAAUAAAGAAUAAAAAUAGAAAAUUGAGUAAAAAAUGUUGAAUUCCUGGUAGACUUCCUAAAAUAACCUCGCAUGCAAUAAUAUGAAAUUUACAAGAUGGGUUCUGCUUUAAGAUUUUAGCAAUACCCUUUGGUACAGACUAGUGAUUAGCUCAUCAGUCCCGUAGGACAAAAACUUUUAUUUUUCCAAAAAGAGGCCAUUCAAGAAGCCAUCUACAACAAGCAAGAUUUUUAUUUAUUUAUAACUUUGACACAAAUUAUUGUAAAAUCCCUUUCAGCCACCGACCCAGGAAGUAAUAAACUGACUGUUUCUUGGUAGAAAUAAAACACAUCAGUACAGAGACAGCUAUGAGCAGCAUCAUGUCCUUAAGUCUUCAUUCUCAGAGCGGCUGACAUAAAAGCUCCAUUGUUUUCAUUUAUCAGAUCAGAUCAGCUCCAAACCCACAGCAGUCAUUAGACCUGAAAUGAAUCAAUGCGUUGCACUGAAGAGUCUCUGUGAUAAACCUAUUUAACUGUGUUGAAAAGAUGUGUGACUAAGUCUUGAUUGCACAGAACAGUAGAAAAUGCUGUGAUAUAGGUCAGUUGCACUCGUUGGAACCCGUGAUAGAAGUUUUUAAUUGGCAGAUUCAACUCUUGCUGCCCUUCUUGGAAGUUUAACGUGCAAAUUACAGUUUGUGUAAAGCACGAAAACGCCUCUGCCAACAUCUGUGACAGCGGCGACGUGCUCUGGUCAUCAAACGGACAAAGCACUGACGUUUUCUGUUUCCUGUUUGAGAAGUGCUCUGAAGUCCAGCCACUAAUUCACAACCGCUCCCUGAGUCUGUUGUUCGGCUCCUCCGACGAGUGAAUUCAAGGGCUAAAACACGGGAGUGUGCCGGCGUGUUAGUACAUUCCAACAGACGUCGAUACUGUAACUGCACUGUAACUUUCUUUUAUCGUCUUUGUUGAUUGAUGAUGUGUAAAAACAAGUACUGUAGGUGUCAAGC